GUAAUAUGAUGGAUUACAAUUUCAUACAUCUGUGAAAAUGAUAUAAAAAAAUAAAAACCACAUGCAAUGAAACUAAUAGUAGUAUUUUUUUUAUUUCGUGUGGGUCGAAUCAAGUAGAUUGAAGUGGAUGAUAUAAAAACUUCAUCAUAUCCUGGUUUAGAGCGUUUCGCUAAUGAGUAAAUACAUUUCGAAGUAUAAGAUAUUGGUAUAUAAAGAUGCGCAGAUGAAUUAUUGUGCAAUAAAAAAGUGCUGGCAAAUAUUUACACACAGUUUUGCACCGCAUUCUUUAUAAAGGACAUAUAAGAAUAAAUGGAAUUAAUUUUGCAAUGGUUUAAUGCCUUAUUUGUUUCAGACUGAGUAAUUCCCUGCUGGCAUCCAUGAUACCCCGAGAUAAACACUACAAUCCCACAUCCACUGCACAAAGUGAAGACAGUUUGGUUCGGAGCGUAGUUAUUAUUCUGCUACGAAAUCAGUGGAAAAUUAAUUAACCAUAAAAAUGAUCAGAAACCGUGUGAAUGUAAUGUUGAUAUAUCGCUGGCAACUAAGUUUUUUAAAACUAUGUGCUCUGAACAGACCCGCGAAUUUUCUCAGGUUGCGGAUUUACAGUCGGCAGUUGUACGCUUAGAAAAUAUGCUAUCACUUUAUAAAGAAGAUGCCUACAAAGAUUAUCGUGAAGUAAGACGAAAAAAUUUAGACAUAGAAAAUAGUGUUCAUAACCUCAAAAGUCUAUUUCAAACAGGGGAUAGUAAAAGUCAAGAGUCGUGGCAUCAUAAUUGUGGUAUGAGAACUUCCAAUGAAUUGCACGGAAUAUUCAACAGAAAAAAACUUUUGAAAAUGUUUAGAUCAUAUAUCUCAGAACUUUUAACAAACAGUGAUGAGUUUCAAAAUAGUGGAAUAAAACAGCUGAUUCAUCAUGGGGUUAAAAAAGAAAUGGAAUCCUAUAUUCCAAACUUAAAACCCGCUCCAAAACACACUAAUCAGGGCAAAGGAGAUUUCAAUCGUAAAAUGAGAGUUGAUUCUAAAGAUGCUCCAAUCCUCAUAAACCAAAGAAAGGAACUGUCUACAGAUGACAGAAAAGAGUUCACAACAGACAGCUAUAGAGAUAAUAAUGUUCAGUCUGAUGGAGCCUAUCAGAAUGAUAUGAAGAGGAUUUAUUCCAUUUUGAUCAACCAGGGUACUAAGGUUGAAGAGGUUACAGCUAACCUUGAAACAAAGAUAAAAGAGCUUGAUGCACAAACCAGGAAUACUCAUUCAAAAUUAGAAUCCACAGCACAGAGAUUUGGAAAAAGCAGUAUUACAUCAGAGCUUAAAAAUGUUCACAAUAAUAUUUCAGUUAUUGCAGAUGCUUAUCAUAAUGUGGAAAGAAAACCAAGAAAUAUCACCACCGGUCAAGUUAAUUAUUUGAUUGAUGUGAAAGUUGAAAGUAUGGGCGACAAUAUAGUAGACCGUUUACUCCAUGAGUCAAGUCCUCUGAAUAAUAAAAUACAAGACUUAGAACAAAAUGGAAGAAUGUUAGCAGAAAACAGUACUGCAGAAAUAACCAAAGUUAGAUUUGAGCUGUCUACACUGAUUAACAAAAUGGAGAGUUUAAAUUCCACGGUUUCCACUAUGACACAAAGCAUGCCACUUUUAGACAAAGUAAAAGAGUUUUUGCAGAUUGUUUAUGAUUUAAAGCGAUCUUUACCAAAUCUAGAAGACUUAAGAGAUAGCAUAUCCAAUCAAACAUCACAAAACCUUGAACAAACUAAAGCCAUACUUACCUUAGAAAAUAAAGUCAAAAACUUAAUCAACAAUGAAAUUGUAGUCUUAAAUGCCAUAGAUAAUUAUGACAACAGACUAAGUGAAAUUUCCAAAGACAUCCUUAAUAUAGAGGUUCGUGAAUGGACGCAAUAUGACUUCAGCCACAGCAAUGACAGAAACGGUUGUCAUGGUAGCACAAAUAUGUUAAAAAAGGGCCAAAAAUGUACGAUAAACUCUAUGUAAGAGUUGUGCUAUGCUCAAGCACCCAGUAUAAGAUUUACAUUGGAGAUAACCUACAAGAUCCAUUUUUGGACAUUGGUGACAUGUAUGGUUUUGGAGAUGACCAUUGUGAGUUUGUGGGAGGACAGAAUUAAGCGUCCAUGACAACAGGAAUGCCCUCGUAUUUGUCAAAACCAAUGACAGGUUAUAAACGACGCCACUGGGGUGAGAAACCUCACAAAGGGAGAUUAUGGGUUCUUAACUCCCCACCUAUGUGCUAUCAAUGUGGAGUUACCAUCCCUUGACAAGACCAUUAUCAAUGCAGAGUUACCAUCCCUUGACAAGACCACUAUCAAUGCAGAGUUACCAUCCCUUGACAGGACCAACAACAAAUUUCUUGAGCAAAUAAUCAUUCAAAAGUUAUGGAGAAAAGAAAGGCAGAAAACUUAGUAUAUAGUGUUACCAUUUUGGAAGAAGUUAAAUCAAUCUAGAGUUACCGUUCUUGAAACAGGAUACCUCAGUUUAAAAGCAUAUUGAGUUAUGAUCCCCUUACAAGACCAACCACCAAGUGAAAUCAAUGAUUUUCUAACUCAAUACAGAGAACUGUUAUGGAAAGCCUUCUGUAUGCAAACAAAGCCACUGAUUGCAGAGUUACUUUCCAUAAAAUGAGGAAGUUCAUGACAAAAGACUCUACCAUGCUAUGUCAUUGUGCGUUAAUAUUGUGAUGUUGCAAAAGAAUUUGUCAUCAGUAGGCAAUGAAUAUGAAUACAGUCGAACCCCGUUGGCUCGAACUCCCAGGGACCGGCGAAAAUACCUAGAGCCUCAGAAAUUUCGAGCCAUGCGGUAUUAAUGCUUACAUUCAGUUUAAAUAAAUCAGGCCUUUACAUUUAAAUUUGAGCCAUCGAGGAA